GGCGGCGGCUCAGUGGAAGAAGAAGGCGGCGGCGGAGUGUGGGAAUAAUUUUAUUUUAUUUUUUUUUCCCCUUUCCACGCGAAUUUUUUUAGCCAUGAAUCCCAACUGUGCGCGCUGCGGGAAGAUCGUGUAUCCCACGGAGAAGGUGAACUGCUUGGAUAAGUUCUGGCACAAAUCGUGUUUCCACUGCGAGACGUGCAAGAUGACCCUGAACAUGAAGAACUACAAGGGCUACGAGAAGAAGCCGUACUGCAACGCACACUACCCCAAGCAAUCCUUCACCAUGGUGGCAGACACGCCCGAGAACCUGCGCCUAAAGCAGCAGAGCGAGCUCCAGAGCCAGGGGCAGUUGGACAGCCCAGGGGUGCUGUCAGCGAGGCCCCCAGCUCAGCGGGAGGGAUUUUCCGAGCCGUUUUCAGUCGGAUUUUCGGGAUCAGAUCCCUCCGAAGGAUGCCGUGACCUUCCUCCCUGA